AUGGCUGAAAGUGACCCAAAAAAUCUACCUGAAAGCAGUUCUGGACAUGAUUACGGUACAUUUGGAUCCUCACGUAGGAAAAAAUUUGAGGCAGCUAUUUCUGAAGGGAAGCUCACCGAGGCCCUCUCUCACAUUCUGGACCAACCGAGCAAGUCCUUUGCCGAUUUUCCUCUCCGCAUUGCUGUGGUAGGAGAGCCAGGUGCCGGGAAGUCCUCCUUCAUUAACACCGUGCAGGGCCCACACCUGGAUGAGCCCGAUGCAGCUGAUGUUGCAACAAAAAAAGGCACGAGGGUAGAAUUCGGUCAGGUUGAUUUUUCAGAGAUCACGUGGAACAAGGAAUUGCUUCGGGCAGAAGACGCCGAUGGCAAGGAGGUAGACUUAAAGGACUUCCAUUACUUCAUCAUAGUAGACCCUCAGAUUUGCCAGGCUACUCCUUUGUACCUGGCGCUUAAGAUCCAAAAAAUGGGCAAAGAGUUUUUUCUGGUUCAAACUAAGGCAGACCUGCAACUGGAGGAAGCUAAGAAGCGACGACCAUCUAAGGACGGUAAGGAGUGUCUCUUCCUCAUGGUAGGUUCCUGCAGGGAGUCCUUGAGAAAUAAAGGGGUGAAAGAACCUCAGAUCUUUGCUGUUUCCAACAAGGAUCCUCAGCACUUUGAUUUCCCCUAUCUACGGGAAACCUUGAUGAGCGAGGUCUUGUGGAAGAAGAUUCUUGCUGUCCUUUCUCCUGUUUUGGAAGGGAAGGCCAAAAAAAUGAAGAAAAAGAGCUGGCUGCUCACUGUUCUCUCCGGAGUUAUAGCUGGGAUCCCCGUCCCAGGAAUUGCAUUCUUAGGGGGCCUUGUCAUCCUCAUGACGUUUGCUUCCUGGUGCUGCCGUAAAUUUGGUGUGGAUGACCCAUCUCUCUCCAAAGUUGCAGAGUUAAUUAAAGUAUUACUCCCAGAUCUGAAAUCAAUGAUGACCUCGCAAUCCAAAAAGAAAAUGGUUUUACAGAAGCUGCCAGAUUCCCUGGGAUCUUCAGUGAUGAUUGCAGAAUAUAUUUAUUGGAAUCGUUUCCCCAUCAUUGGCUGCAUAUUGUCGGCAGUAAUUUCACUCAUUUCCUCUUUCUUCACCCUGAAUAAACUUCCGUCAGAUGUUAAGAAAGAUAUCCAGAAUAUUGUAAUUACAGCUUUCAAACCGAAGAAGACAGAACCUGAAAACUCCUAA